ACCACGCCUGACUGUUGUCCUGUACCACAUUGUUCAACCAAGGAGCCCUUUUUUAACUCUUCGAUAGUCAUCCAUACUCACUGUGAUGAUUGUCGCUCAUGUUUUCGUCCACGAGCCGCAGCCUUAUUUUUUUUGAUAAAUAUCGAGAUCUGAUUCAUGCUCCACCUCCCCCAAUCCAGCAUAUCACUCCAUCCUCGUCUCCUUUCAUAUCAAGAACGCCUUCCUAUUUCAUCCCUCCAAACCAACAUCGCAAUGGGCUUGUUUACAAGAGAAACCAUUAUUACCAGUUACAUAGAAAUCAUCACCAACUUGAAGGUGAUAAGCAAUUGGCAAACCGUUGUGAACCUUUGUGCGGAAGUCAACUCUGUCGAAGACGGUCCCAGAGAAGCUGCAAGGGCCUUGCGAAAGAAGCUGCGCCUGGGAACCCCCCAGCAGCAAAUGAAUGCGAUCACUAUCAAUCAGGCUCUAAUUGACUGCUGCGGGUCCAGAUACAAAGCUCAACUUGCCACCGCCAAGUUUGCGGAGGAAAUCAGCCAUGUCCUCCUAUCACAUAGGACGGAUCACCCGGUAAAGGCCCGCUUAAUGGAAAGGCUCGCAAUCUGGGCCAUUGCGUUUUCUCAAGAUCCGAGUCUGACUGUAAUUCCCGACCUCUACCGCCGCAUGCUCGAAGCUGGCGUGCUUCAUAACAUCAACCCGGUAGUACAUUCCCCAUCACCUGUCGCAGCGAGGGCAGCCGCACCGCAUCCACCCCCAGUCCUUACGGCAAAAGAGAAAAUGAUGCAGAUAUUUCAGGAUAUUGGUCUGGCAAACAACAUUGCCCAUAUGCUGGUCGAGGCUGUCUCAUUUGCGGAUCCUGAGCUCGAGGCCAUUGAGGAAAACGAGCUGAUCUUGGAGUUCCACUCAAAGUGCAUUACGCUGCACCGCGGAAUCCAAAUAUACCUGACCGAAGUUACCGAGGCACCCAUUCCCAAUGAAAAAUGCCUUACUUCUCUCUUGGCCUGCAACGAGGAGUUGGUUAUGGCGUUUACUGCCUACGAUAAUAUGAUAGAGCGCUGCAGAUCGACCAGGACAGUCAGAGCAAACCAGUCCAUAGAUGUUACUGCAGCUCAGCAGGCUUCAGGUCUACAGCAUAUACACAACAAGACCUCCGACAUGUUAAUUCAACGUCCCAUUGCUAUUGACGAAGGAUCUGGAGUCGGCUCUGGAUACACGUUGAUGGACUCUAUCAACAGCAAGAGCAAGGGUGUUUCGCAAUCACCCAAGUUGGAGUCUUAUGCGGGCCCAUUUGCCAAUGAUCUCUACCGGAUUUCUGAACCUGGAGAUGUCUCCACAGCAAUCAGGAAUGGAAAGCGGCCGGACACCCACCAGGAGGCGCUGAGUAGCUCCGAAAAGGAUGCGUUUUCUGAGCAGGAGCGGGAGUUGAUUCAGUUAAUCAAGGAUCAGUCGUUGCAGGAUAUAGGCCGUAUCGGAUCUUCUUCGUCUUCAGCCGCUGCUCCCUCAACAACACCAGUUUCUCCAGUGAAAUAGCUUUCGCCUGAACUUCUUGUCCAACAGUUCUGUUACCAGGUCAAUAGUACUAAACACCA